AUGCCAUCUCCACUCGUUUCAACCCUCUCAGGGGCUCUCCUGCUACUGGGCAACCUCCCCAAUGUCGUCGCGGAACUUGAUAUCAGCAGCGCAGACCGCAUCAAAGAAUCAUCACGAUCUCUUGCUAAGGACCUUAUGACGUUCUAUCAAGGCGACAAGCCUGGACAGACUCCGGGUAUACUUCCGUGGUCGUCUGAGGAUGUUAACAAAUACUGGUGGUACUUGAGUGGCAGCUUCUUCGCCACCUAUCUCGACUACUGGCAUUUGACAGGAGACGACGGCUACGCGGCUACAGUCAGCAAGGCACUACAGUUCCAGGUUGGACCCGAAAACGAUUAUAUGCCCCCUAAUCAGACAGCUAGUCUUGGAAAUGAGGAUCAAUGUUUCUGGGGUACGGCUGCUCUUAUGGCUGCCGAGUAUGGGUUCCCCGAGGUGGAUGGGAAAGCGAGAUGGAUCGACCUUGCGAAGAAUGUGUGGACGACUCAAGCAUCGCCUGAUCGCUAUGAUGAGACCUGCAAUGGUGGCCUUCGCUGGCAGAUUCCAUUGUCCAAUAAUGGAUAUGAAUGGAAGCAUACGGCAUCCAACGCGUGUUUCUUCAACCUUGGAGCCCGGCUUGCUCGGUUCACUGGCAACACAACUUACUCUGACUACUCUGAUAAGAGAUGGGACUGGCUCACUGGAGUCGGUUUCGUUGACACUAGUAACUGGAAGGUCUACGACGGGGCACUGGCAGAGAACAACUGCACCCAAAUCGGCAAAGCUCAAUGGUCUUACACACCAGCCAUGCUCAUUCAGGGCGCAGCGUUCAUGUAUAACAACGCAGACUUUUUCCCUGACGGUGUCAUUUUCGAAUCGGCUUGCGAACCAGCUGAGGGUCGCUGUCCCACUGACGCCCUUUUCUACAAAGGAUUUGUGCACCGGUGGCUCUCCUCGGCCACUCAACUCGCCCCUUUCUUGGCAGACACAUGGCUUCCGGUCUUGAAAACUUCCGCUGAAGCUGCGAUCAAGCAGUGUGAGCCCGGGAAUUCGGAGAUCAACAAUCGCUGCGGCUUCUAUUGGACCAGUGGCAGAUUUGUCGACCCUAUGACGGCUGAUCACACUACGGGUAUUGGUGAAGGGUUAAGCGUUCUGGCUGCAGUCUCGAAUCUGCUCAUCAAGGAUGCCAAGGCACCGAUCGUUGAGGCUGCUAAAAGUGGCGGAAGCACUGGCAACUCUCCUAGCGGCACGACCGGGGGGUCUUCGCCGACUUCGACUACCUCGACGACGGCUAAUCCAGGAUCAGGAGCUGGGAAACUUGAACUGGAUAUCAAAAUACCUUUCCUCAUCUCAUCAUUCAUGCUUCUGGCUUGGCACCUCUGA